AUGCCAGUGGAUACCAGGCCCCAGCCAUUGUCAGGUACAGAUGGUUACCAGGCCCCGGCCGUUGUCAUGGCACUGGUUGCCAGGCCACAGCUGUUGUCAGGUACUGGUAGUUACCAGGCCCCGGCCGUUGUCAGGUACCGGUGGUUGCCAGGACCCGGCCGUUGUCAGGGCGCCGGUUGCCAGGCCCCAGCUGUUGUCAGGUACUGGUGGUUACCAGGCCCCAGCCGUUGUCAGGUACCGGUGGUUGCCAGGCCCCGGCCGUUGUCAGGUACCGGUGGUUGCCAGGCCCCGGCCGUUGUCAGGGCGCCGGUUGCCAGGCCCCAGCUGUUGUCAGGUACUGGUGGUUACCAGGCCCCGGCCGUUGUCAGGUACAGGUGGUUGCCAGGCCCCGGCCGUUGUCAGGUACCGGUGGUUGCCAGGCCCCGGCCGUUGUCAGGGCGCCGGUUGCCAGGCCCCAGCUGUUGUCAGGUACUGGUGGUUACCAGGCCCCGCCGUUGUCAGGUACCGGUGGUUGCCAGGCCCCGGCCGUUGUCAGGUACCGGUGGUUGCCAGGCCCCGGCCGUUGUCAGGGCGCCGGUUGCCAGGCCCCAGCUGUUGUCAGGUACUGGUGGUUACCAGGCCCCGCCGUUGUCAGGGCGCCGGUUGCCAGGCCCCGCCGUUGUCAGGGCGCCGGUUGCCAGGCCCCGGCCGUUGUCAGGGCGCCGGUUGCUAGGCCCCGCCGUUGUCAGGGCGCCGGUUGCCAGGCCCCGGCCGUUGUCAGGUACCGGUGGUUGCCAGGCCCCGGCCGUUGUCAGGUACCGGUGGUUGCCAGGCCCCGGCCGUUGUCAGGGCGCCGGUUGCCAGGCCCCAGCUGUUGUCAGGUACUGGUGGUUACCAGGCCCCGGCCGUUGUCAGGUACCGGUGGUUGCCAGGCCCCGGCCGUUGUCAGGUACCGGUGGUUGCCAGGCCCCGGCCGUUGUCAGGGCGCCGGUUGCCAGGCCCCAGCUGUUGUCAGGUACUGGUGGUUACCAGGCCCCGGCCGUUGUCAGGUACCGGUGGUUGCCAGGCCCCGGCCGUUGUCAGGUACCGGUGGUUGCCAGGCCCCGGCCGUUGUCAGGGCGCCGGUUGCCAGGCCCCAGCUUUUGUCAGGUACUGGUGGUUACCAGGCCCCGCCGUUGUCAGGGCGCCGGUUGCCAGGCCCCGCCGUUGUCAGGGCGCCGGUUGCCAGGCCCCGGCCAUUGUCAGGGCGCCGGUUGCCAGGCCCCGCCGUUGUCAGGGCGCCGGUUGCCAGGCCCCGGCCGUUGUCAGGGCGCCGGUUGCCAGGUCCCGCCGUUGUCAUGGCGCCGGUUGCCAAGCGCGGGGUCAGGUUGGCCCAGUCACCGUGCCGGGACGCCGAGCAGGAAGAUGGGGACGCGCGCCGGCUCCAAAGCGUCUCGGAGAGAUGGGGGCCUGCGGACUCCGCCAGAAAAGAAGAAAGAGAAAAAGGAAGUUGAAGAGAUUAUUCCAAUUACAGAGGAACCAGACAAGGAUGAUGUAUUAAAUGGAGAAGACAUCUUGGCCCUGGCAAUAAAACCAGAGGACCUGCAUAAGCUGCAUGUUCCUCGCGCACCUUUAAAGGCAAUUCCAACCACCAAUAGAAUACUACUUCGAAAACUAAAACCCAAGGAAGACGUGAUGGUGAAAAGACUUGUAGCCAAACCUACACUACCUCUGGAUGAAUUGAGAACUAUGGACUAUUCAGGUCCUGGGGGUCCAUGGUUUGAUGCAGAGGGAAGAGUUCUGCCACACAGCAUCCUUGGAAGCUUGGUAGAUUUUAAACAUGAGUUGCUUGCAAGGGGACUUACUGAGAUGGCCAACACAAUCUCAGAACAUCUUCCUUCUGAAGUCAGAUCUCAGAAUUUGCCAGUGUGUGAAAAGAAACCAAAGGAAAUUAUAUGUACCAAUUUACAUAACCAGGACCAUGCCUUGGCAAACUGGCAGUGGCACAUGGGAGAGCGGAAGAGGACACAGAACAUGUUAUCAAAUCUUCUUAAGAAGCCAGUGGAAAAUCUGGUGAUGAAUCAAAGUGAUGACUUGGGACAGAUGCGACAGCAGUCUAUAUUCAUAGAUCAGACCGUAGCAGCCCUGGGACCUGGCAAGGGUUAUCGCAUUGGGAGUGAGUUUUGGAGUUUACCACCAAUGAUCGGAGACGAGUUGAGUGGAGUCAGGGCAACACUGAAUCAGACAGAACGUGGUUUCCCACCACCUGUUGUUCACAUCGGAAAACCUCAAACAAUCAAGCAGGAAACUGGUACUGAUUUUCUUGAUGGCAGAAGUUACUCCAAGAAUUAUAAAUCUGAAAAUACGUACCUGAAACAGCGGCUGGAAGAGAUGAAGAUUGUUUUGAGACAAUUGGACUUUAAAGAACCGGACAUUGAUCAGCUGGAGAUCAUUGGAACUGGGAGGCCCUAUAGCUCAAUGUCUGUGGAACAUUUCCGCAUUGAGGAUGACCAUUGUACUACACUUAACAAAGAGAACAUUGAAUUGCUGGACUCCUAUCCUGACGUCAUUGAGGAACCAAUUGUUGGUCCAUCUAUUACAUUCUGCGGACAUCCAGCCCGCUGGUUAAAGGACACCACAUCUCACAAGGAUGAGAUUGGUAUGAUUGUGCGACUCACAUUUGAAGCAAUGGCAGGUGAUAGGGCCAGCUCGUGUCUGGAGCUGGUAAAUAAUGGGACUACUGUCAUCUACUAUAAGUGGAAGCGUCUGCCUGAGCCACAACAUUGUGUGAAGCCCCCAAGUGACACUAGGAUGCCACGGUUCUACUUCAAUAUCAAUUCAGGAAUUAUUCUUCCUGGAGAGACUAUUAACUUGCCAUUCAUCUUUAAAUCACCAAAUGCUGGGAUCUUCACUGAUCUCUGGGAGUUCUGUACCCACCCAGUGCUGUUGGCAGGGGCAUCUUUACAGGUGGCACUGUGGGGUGUGGCUGUCUUUGCAGACAGGAAUGAAGGAGCACGACAACAGUUACAGCAAGAACUUGAAAAGAAGGAGAAGAUAGCCAUUGUUGAACAUCUCCUUGAUGAGGUGGUAGCCGGUGUGCACACGCCACAGCGUUCCCAAUCUCCCCUUGGAAUUUCACUCACCGAAGAAGAAAUAUUUAAGAAAAAGAACCCCAAGCUGCACUACAGGUAUGAAAUAGUACAAAGUCUUAAGGAAUUAUGGAACGAGUGUUUUGUGAAAAGUAAGGGUGAAGAAGAAGCCGAAGGUGAAAGCCGGCAUGGAUAUGUGAAUGUUCUUCCUAUCAAGGAACCCUCCAAGGAUGCAAUCUAUUUCCCCAGCACAAGUUUUCAGCAUUCAGAACCUGCGGAGAAUGUUAAGGCCCCUGAUGAAGAUUCACCAUUCAAAGUUCAAACUGUUGAGUCAGAACCCCAGUGGGAUCUAUCUGUUACUUCUUUUAGACAGGAUGUGCUAUCAUUGCUGGAAGAUGAGCAUCUGAAAGAGAAGGCCUUGGAACAUCUUAACCUGAAGGUGCUGGAGCUCUCCAUGGCACCAAUCAAAAUGCAAGAAGACGAUUUUUACAAGACGUUUUACCAACUUUGGCUAGAAGCAGUAGAUGGUCUGGUCAGUACCUCAAUGCGGCUCAGGGAAAUACUGGGCUUGCCUGAAAAGGAGACUGAAACCAGCGUUGUGGAUGAAACUGCAGAUUCAAGAAAACAAACCAAGAAAGAUGAUAAGAAAGCAACUGACAGAAAAGGAAAAAGAGCAACCAGAUCUGCGGGCAAGGAGGAUGAGAGGGAGAAACGGCAAUCUAGCAAAAAGGCUCGGAGUAAAGAUGACAAGAAAUCCGUCAGUCCCAUAUCAGCCAGGAGCAGCAGACAGCUGCUAGACUCCAAGGAAAAUCUACUGCAAGACCAACAUCAGAUAGACCCCGUCAUACACAAACUAUACAGGGAGAAGCUGUACACAGAGGUCUAUGGACUGCUGUCAUCCAUGAUGAGUGAAAUUUCCUUUCUCUUCGAGGAGAUGAAGUGGAAGCACAUGGGUCCUGCUGAUAAAUGUGUUUGAUAAUUUGUGAAGCCGUUGCAUGCAGUAAGAGCUGGGAAAUAGAGCUGUCUUUGCUAACAAGAGCUAUGUAUAAGUGUGAAAAGUAUAUUAAAAACUGAAAAA